GUGGAAGAGAGAAAAGGCGGCGGCCGGGUUGUGGAGAGCGGCGCGGAGGAGGAGGCGGACCGGUCCCGAGCGUGGGGCGCGGAGCUUCGGGGUACGGCGGCCACGGCAAGCGGGGCCAGGGCCGCGGUUCGGCCGCAGCGGCCGAGCUGGAUUGGCCACUAUGGAGGAGGAGCUGCAGCAUUCACACUGUGUGAAUUGUGUCAGUAGGCGCUGUAUGACCAGACCUGACCCUGGGGUUUCCUGUGACUUGAUUGGUUGUCCAUUGGUUUGUGGAGCAGUUUUCCACUCUUGUAAAGCUGAUGAGCAUCGACUUUUAUGUCCUUUUGAGCGCGUGCCUUGUUUAAAUAGUGACUUUGGAUGUCCAUUUACGCUGGCUCGAAAUAAAGUUGCUGAACAUCUAGAAAUGUGUCCUGCAAGUGUGGUGUGCUGUACUAUGGAAUGGAACCGAUGGCCAGUUAGUUAUGCAGACCGGAAAUCAUAUGAAAAUCUAAGCAGAGAUGUUGAUGAAGUGGCACAACUUGAUAUGGCCUUGGCUCUUCAAGAUCAAAGGAUGCUCUUAGAAUCACUCAAAGUAGCCACCAUGAUGUCAAAAGCAACUGAUAAAGUAUCUGAACCUAGAGAGCAAAUCUCUGUUAAAUCAAGUGUCCAAGAAAUUCCACAUGCUAAUGGUUUGGUGUCUGUUGAUGAAGAAUCUUAUGGUGCACUUUAUCAAGCUACUGUAGAGACAACCCGAAGUUUGGCUGCUGCUUUAGAUAUCCUGAACACUGCCACAAGAGACAUUGGCAUGUUAAAUACAAGUCCCCAUGCUACCACAAAUGAAAUGGAUGAAGGACAAAAUGCCAGGGAAAGCCAACAAGAUAGAAACUUAAAAGACCAGGAUCAUCUUCAUGAGGAUGAGAUAGGGGCAGUAGGUGGAAUCGACUAUAAUGGCACAAGUCAGAAUGCCCAGUCUGAACAAAAUGGUUCAAGUGAUUUACUAUGUGACCUGAAUUCAGGUUGUUAUGGCACUUCUACUCUUUGUAAUGGCUUUCCUUUGGAAAACAUACGUACACAGGUCAAAGAUGAUGAUCAGAAUUUUCAUGAUGACUCAUUACAAAGUAACUUAACAAAUGGAGAAUGCAUAGCAUCAGAUGGUACUUCAGAACCUUCCAAUUCGCUUUUAGUAGGAGCACAACUUAGGGAAAUACUUCCAUCCAGCGCUUUGCCUAAUGGCACAGUUCAGCAUAUCCUCAUGCCAGAUGGUGAAGAUGAAGGAGAAUUGUAUUGGAAAAAAGUAGACUUAGGAGACUUGAGGAAUAUGGAUGUUUUAUCUUUAAAUCAUACUCCUUCAUUCAAAUUUCUCUCUAACUCAUGUUGGUCUAAACCAAAGGAAGAUAAAGCUGUAGAUACAUCCGACUUGGAAGUUGGAGAAGAUCCCAUGGGCCUCCAAGGAAUAGAUCUGAUUACAGCAGCGUUACUCUUUUGUCUAGGAGACUCUCCAGGAGGAAGGGGUAUAUCUGAUAGUCGCAUGGUAGAUGUGUAUCACGUUGACUUUGGGACACAGACCUUUUCACUUCCAUCUGCAAUAUUAGCUACAAAUACAAUGGUUGGGGAAAUAGCUUCAGCUUCAGCUUGUGAUCAUGCCAAUCCACAACUUUCAAAUCCCAGCCCUUUUCAGACACUUGGGCUGGAUUUAGUAUUAGAAUGUGUUGCUAGAUACCAACCUAAGCAACGUUCAAUGUUUACCUUUGUGUGUGGACAGUUAUUUAGGAGAAAGGAAUUUUCUUCACAUUUUAAGAAUGUGCAUGGUGACAUUCACGCUGGACUCAACGGAUGGAUGGAACAGAGGUGUCCUUUAGCUUACUAUGGUUGUACCUAUUCCCAGCGUAGGUUUUGUCCAUCAACACUAGGAGCAAAGAUUAUACAUGACCGCCAUUUGAGGUCAUUUGGAGUUCAGCCAUGUGUGUCUACGGUAUUAGCAGAGCCUUCUAGAAACUGUGUACUGGGAUUACAUAGUGACCAUCUAAGUAGUCUUCCAUUUGAGGUCCUGCAACAUAUUGCAGGCUUUCUUGAUGGCUUCAGUUUAUGCCAGCUCUCCUGUGUAUCCAGACUAAUGAGGGAUGUAUGUGGCAGUCUGCUUCAGUCUCGAGGAAUGGUUAUAUUGCAGUGGGGGAAAAAGAAGUAUCCAGAAGGAAAUUCAUCAUGGCAGAUUAAGGAAAAGGUAUGGCGAUUCAGUACUGCAUUUUGUUCUGUUGAUGAGUGGAAAUUUGCUGACAUCCUGAGCAUGGCUGACCACUUGAAGAAAUGCAGUUACAAUGUGGUAGAGAAACGGGAGGAAGCAAUCCCAUUGCCCUGUAUGUGUGUGACUCGAGAGCUCACUAAAGAAGGACGUUCACUACGCUCAGUUUUAAAACCUGUACUGUAAGAACUGUACCUUCAUGUGCACAUACACACAUCCAGGCACCUAAUUUCUUUGUAAUAUGUGACACUUUUAUUAAUGUAUUAAAGAUUACAACUAGCAAAAUUUAUUGUCACUGUGUAUAUAAAUGUUUUGAAGUGACAUAUAUUUUUAUAAAGUACUGUUUAGUUUGAAAAAAAGUUGCCUUAACGUUUGAAAUGUGUGAAAUUUUUGGAACUUGCUGGACAGGGUGAUCUAAUCUUUACAUAAAUUUCAGAAUUAGUUUUUUUUAAUUGUGUGCAUAUUUUGGUUCUUAAACUUUUUGCUUCUUAAACUAACAAGAUCCUGACCAAACAACUUAUUCCACAUAUUUUCUAUGGGUUGAAGCACAGGUUAAUCGAAAAGCAAAAUUUUGAUUAAAAUCUGUGGCAGAAGAAUAACUUUCAAUUGCUUAAGCGUAAGAUCAUUACAUAGUUUUUAUUUUCCAGAUUUCUCCUUUGACAAUCAGUGAUGCAUAGGGAUCUCUAUUAUACUGAAAUAUGCUUAAAAUCAUGACUAAUGUUUGGCAAAUGUUUUGAAAUGGUCAUAUUUAAAAUAAUCCACAAAGGUGUUUUCAUCUUAGGCUCUUACAACUCCUACAAGGAAAGUGAUUCAUACGCAGCUUUUUAUUAGAUAUCAUAUCCAAAGACUCUUGGCAGUGUUUUACACAAUCUUUCUUUUUGCUUUAACCCAUAUAUGUAUAUGGGAGGUAAAAGCAAAAACAAAAAACAAGCCUGUAAAUUUAAUUUGAAACUCUUCAUGGUAUUAUGUAUUUGCUAGAUAAUUUUAAUGCUUGAAAAAAUAUGCCUAAGUUUGAAUUGGGCGUAUAUGAAUACAUUUUAAAUAUUCAGAAUGCAAAGGGCUCAACUAGUUUGUUCAUGAGCAUUUGGCAAGUUUGGCUUUUGAUGCUUAUAAAAAUAUAACUACAUUAUUUUAAGACAUUUUAAAAUGGGAAGUUUAAUAGCUUCUUUAUAAUGUAACAAUCAAACAGGUACAUGUCUUGGUUGACAAUCUCUUUGAGACAUUUCCAAGCUAAUUUCUGAUAUAUUUCUAGUGGAAAGUAAGAGUUUUAUCUUUGUAUGAAGAUCAUGGUAUAAUGGAAGAAUAUUCACAGGCCUAUUCUUGGAAGCUUUCAAAAUGAUUUGUCUAUAAUUAACUUGAUGUAGUGACCUUUAAAAAAUGAAUGUACAUGUUAUAUCAGUAUUUAGAAAUAAGUUGCAAAGAGGAGAAUUUAUACCUAAAUAAUUGGUCCUCGGUAAAUUCUGGCAUUUGGUAAUAUAAAGUGAUGACAAACUACAUUGUUUUUGAAUGUCAGAGCUCAAUUGUUAUCCUUCCUUUCUACAUUGUUCCUGAGGGUUUAUAGUUCCUGGUUUAUGAUUCCCAUAUAUGGCAAUCAGGCUGAGCAGAGACGUUCCUUGGGCAUUAGAAAAUUCUGAACUGCUUAAGAUUUGUUUUGGUUGGAUCAGUCCUUACUACAGUUGAAAAAUGUAGCAGUAAAGACUAAUCAAUUGUUUUGCCUCAUUUGUCAUUUUCCUUUUAGAAUACUGAUUUGUCAAUGCUUAAGCUUUCUUUUCAAUUGUGAGAUUAAUUUAAUUUGAAAAAAAUCCAUUGCUGUUAAGAAGCCAAAAAUAAGAUCUCAGAUACUUUAGAAUAGAACUCUGCCUUACAGUUUUGCUGAAGAACGUGUCCAUAAUUAGGAUAGCACAGUGUUUAUGUUUGUUUUAUGGCUGUGGUUUUCAAGUCCAUGAGUUCUAAAUUUAGGCUUCUUGUUUCCACACCAGAUCAUGAGAUAUUUAACAUUGUUUUUCACAUCAUAUUUCUUUUGCACAUCUUUCACUGUUUUUUUGUUAUGCCACCAUACUGUUUUGUUAGAAUGUGUUCAUUUUGCAACAUGUGUUCAAGUUCUAAUAAAAUUGAUGUUUUUCCUUUA